AUGGCAACAAAACCUUGUAUUUCAAGUUAUAAAUCCUCCAAAGGCACAAACGGUAACUUUUUGUACAUUCCAAACCAAAUUCCUAUACCAACCUAUGUUCGCAUAUUGGACACCACCCUCCGCGACGGUGAACAAUCCCCCGGGGCCGCGAUGACUUGUAAGGAGAAACUCGAUAUCGCACGCCUACUGGUAAAGUUGCACGUUGAUGUCAUUGAGGCAGGGUUUCCUUCUGCUUCCAAUGACGACUUCACUGCGGUUAAAAUGAUAGCUGAAGAUGUUGGCAACGAUGUUGAUAAUGAUGGUUAUGUUCCUGUUAUAGGUGGUAUGUGUAGGUGCAAUGAGAAGGACGUUGCCAUUGCAUGGGAAGCUGUAAAACAUGCAAAAAGACCAAGAAUAUGUACUUUUAUAGCCACUAGUCCCAUUCACAUGGAGUACAAACUUAAAAAGACCAAAGAUCAGGUACUCAAGAUUGCUCGUGAUACAGUGAAGUUUGCACGAAGUUUAGGGUGUUGUGACAUUCAAUUUGGUGCCGAAGAUGCUCUCAGGUUACAAUUACUCAUUCAUAAAGCUAAUAACUAUACAUAUGUCAUAUAG